AGCGGAGAGAAGAAGAAGAGGAGGCCCGGCUUCCGCUUCCGGGUGGCGCUCGAAGCCCAGGGAGUUGUGAGGGAAGGAAGGAAGGAAGGAAGGAAGGACUCGUUUCGCCGGAGCCGACGCCGCCAUUAUCGCCGUCCUCGCGAUGCCCAAAGGAGGUAGGAAAGGGGGCCACAAAGGCCGAGCACGGCAAUACACAAGCCCGGAGGAGAUCGAUGCCCAACUCCAAGCAGAGAAACAGAAGGCCAAGGAGGAAGAAGAGGAAGAGGAAGGAGGUGAUGGGGCAACAGGUGAACCCAAAAAGAAGGAGAAAUCGCUAGAUUCAGAUGAAAGCGAGGAGGAAGAAGAUGAAGACUACCAGCCAAAGCACAAAGGAGUGGAAGGCAUGAUAGACAUAGAGAAUCCUAAUCGUGUUGCACAGACAGCCAAAAAAGUAACUCAAAUAGACAUGGAGAGCCCCAGGGAAUUGUCGCGGAGAGAGCGGGAAGAAAUCGAAAAACAGAAAGCGAAAGAGAGAUACAUGAAGAUGCAUCUCGCCGGUAAAACGGAACAGGCCAAGGCAGAUCUCGCCCGAUUAGCUAUCAUCCGGAAACAGAGGGAAGAGGCAGCGAAAAAGAAAGAGGAGGAACGGAAAGCUAAAGACGACGCAACUUCGACAGGCAAAAGACUGCAGUCCCUGUCCCUGAACAAGUAAGUGCCGGCCGCCGGAGAGGAGAGGGAGUUUGCAGGGACGGUGCCUGGCCAGCCCCCGCCGGGCGCUCUGCCGCAUCCCACCCGGGGAGAGGCCGCACGGGAAGCGCACCGCAGCCGGGCGACGUCUCCACACUUUCAAAGAGACACUGACAGCAACACGUUUGUCUUCAUCUGGGCACAGAAUUCCAUGGGGAGGUUUGGCGGGUGGGGUGGGGGGGGAGGCAGGGGGAGGAGGGCUGGGUUUGGGGAAAUAUUACAUUAUUUUUUUUUGGUGCAGAAUCGCGAGCAACUGUUCCUGGUUGGACACCGUAAACACAGAACGGGUUUGCUGUGUUUAGAUUGACGAUCACAUAAUCAAGGGGGGGGGGGAGAGGUGGGAGGGUACGUUUCGGCUCGUCUGCAGGAAACUUAGGCAAACAUAUAGUUGGCAGUCUUGACAAAUGUAAAACAACAGAUACAAAUCCAAAGUACUGGGGGCUGUUUGUGGAACAGGCACCUGCUGCACAGUGGCCCAAAACUAUAGACGGAGCCUAUGUGUCUAUUUGGGUCUUUACUCCCACUUUACAUCCUCCCUUCACCUAUUUUUUUUUAAGCCAUCAUUAAUUGUGCUCCUUAUCCUCCCAAAAAAAAAAAGGGAUAGUGUCUUUUUAACAAAAACAAAACCAGAGAACUCUUUUCUUGAUUGUGUGACAUUGUUGGAAGAGAUUCAAAUUGGAAGCAAAACGUGUAUAUUUGGCUGAAUAAAGUUUAAAUUAUCGUAAA